AUGUCGAUAAUUCCGAUCAAUAAUCGCCGGAGUUUAUCUUCCGGCGAGUCAAUCUGGGAACCGUUUGAAUUUAUGAACACUUUCCUUGAUUUCCCAUCACCAUCUCUUUUCCUUUCUCACCAUUUUCCUUCACUUUCCGGUGAAAUUUUCCCAUCGUCGAGAGUUGAGACGCAGCUUAAUUGGACGGAGACACCGACGGCUCACGUUUUUAAGGCGUAUCUUCCGGGAACGAAUCAGGAAGAAGCGAUCGUGUUCGUAGACGAUGAAGGAUUUCUCCAGAUCUGUACGGGAGACGACAAAUUCAUGAGCAGAUUCAAGCUUCCCGAAAACGCUUUGACUGAUCGGGUCACGGCGUGGAUGGAGGAUGAAUUUCUCGUCGUGUUCGUCGCGAAAGAUGGUUCGUAUUCUUCGCCGCCGUCGCUUCCACCGGAGAAUCGUAACGUGAGAGUCGUGGAAAUUACCGGCGACGAUGAGUGA